AUGUCCACUGCGGAUGGACGUCCCCCAGCGUCCCGCCAGUCAAAAAUCCGGCAAAGGGUGUCUGUGGCAUGUGUGCUUUGCCGGAUGAAACGUAUUCGCUGCGAUGGAGCCGAGCCGUGCUGUGGCCCUUGUCAGCAGCGAAACUUAACAUGCGAAUACCAACACACAGAGAACAAGCGCAAGCCUCCCAGCAAGAAGUUCGUGCGGUCGCUUCAAGCUCGUAUAGAGUUGCUGGAGCAAGAAUUAGCGGCUCUCGGGAGGCCAGUUCCCUGUGUCCCUGAAACCUCUGUCGAAGCCGUGGUAGAAAGUGAUACAGAGACCGAAGAUGGUGUCAAUCAACCUCGCCGGAUUAACCCACUAGAGGAAAUCAGCGGCAUGACUGCGCGUCUCAACGUCUCCACUAAUGGGGAGUUAUGGUAUUUUGGGACCCUGAGUAAUUAUAAUCUGCUUCAUGGCCGUCUGCAUGAAGUCUCGGCUGAACCGUUGGCUCUCGGGCGCGCUGGUGACUUCAGUCCUAUCACGCGGUUCAACAACGGCCAGGGUAUCUCCCAAGAGUUGCAGGACCACCUAUUGGACCUGUAUUGGAAGUGGCAGAAUCCAUGGAAUUACGUUAUACACAAGGAUGCUUUCAUGCAGGAUUACGCCUUUCAUCGGUCGGGAAAGUAUUGUACACCCUUGCUUCUUCUCGCAAUCUUUGCUUUGGCCGCUCGCUACUCUGAUCGCCGCGAGGUUCGAGCCGUUUUAACUAAUCCUAAAACUGCCGGAGAGAUCUUUGCACGCGAGGCAAAAAUAUUAUUGCAGGAAGGAAUGGAAACCCCGACAGUCCCCACUGUUCAAGCCGCAGUGCUACUGGGUUUAAAUGCUAUGGCCGAGGAUCGCGAAUCUCUCGGGUGGCUUUUUGUAGGUAUGGCGAUGAGAAUGGCUUUCAAUCUCGGACUCAAUCUUGAUUGCUCAAAUUGGGUAACAACAGCACAUAUGUCCGAGCUCGAUGCUGAGGUUCGAAAAGUUGCAUGGUGGGGAUGUUAUACUUUAGAUAAACUAUUCAGUCUCGGCCAUGGACGACCAGGAAUGACUCGAAAAUACGAUAUAAGCUGUCCAAAGCCAAACAAAUGCCAAACCGCUGAGUUCGGUCCUUGGAUCCCAUGGUCGACAAGCGAUCAAACAUUGGCAAAUGCUCCUAUACGGAUUGUGUCCACAUCAAGCUAUGUCAUUGAGCUUCUAGGCAUUGCGACAGACGCAUUAGAUGUAGUGUAUGCGCCCAACAGCGAACUCAGACGACCCGAACUAGAGGGGAUAAUUACCCGAACCGAUAUUGCAUUGCAUCAGUUCUACCGUGACAUCCCAAGCUUUCUUCGGCUCCCUGUUUCGAUUCGAAUGCCGUGCCUCCCACACAUAUACCAGCUCCAUAUUCAGUACCAUGUCAUUCAGAUUCUUCUUCAUCGCCCACUCAUUGCAAAGCGUCGGAUUUCGUCUCGAGUAUUGUUGGAUUCACAAGAGUCCAACACGCACUUACAGACCUGCAGACACUCCGCUUCGGAAGUCACAAAGCUGCUACGUACAUACCAGGAUCAUUACACCUUGCGCCUCACUCCCAUUGUCACCGUGCAUAGCACCUUUACGGCUGCUAUCAUACACCUGAUGGACGCAACAUCGACCACUCCUCUGAUUCGUCGUCGAGGAAUCUCCAACCUCCGUAUCUGUCUAGACGCCCUUGAAACCAUGAGCCUAGCGUGGUGUUGGAGCUGUCGUGCUAUCCGGGCCCUCAGGAUCCUAGCAUACGAAUGGUUAACGCCAGAGGCAGUUCGGGUUGAGAAUCUCGCCAGAAGCAUACCAUCAGCCACUGAAUGCCACCUUAAAUUGCAGCCCUUGGAGCCUACCUCAGUCGAACAAGUAGCUCCCACCGAAUCCAUUGGGGCUGUAGAAUGCAGUGAUCCUACAGGUCCUAUGGAUAUGGAGACAAUUCGAUACGAAGCCGAUAGUAGCUUCGCAAUGGAUCCCCUUCUCGAGGACAACUUGGAUUGGCUGCUACGAACUCAUCAUGACUACGAAAGAGAAGAUACCGAGCAGGGAGCUGCAAGCACUGAAUUGAACUCGUGGAUUACGAGUGCUGCGCAGAGCACUUUCGCGGUUCCCAGGUGGGACGAGUUUACGGCUUUUAGUAACGUUUGGCAUCAUCUAGAUAUGCAGCCAUUAUUUUAG